CGAAUUUGCUUGCCGACAGGAACACAAGUGCAUUUCUGAUGAAAAGAGACCCUAGCCACCACUACUCAUUCUUUACACCAUCAUACCGUCACUCUCUCAAAUGUCACCAGCAACAACAACAAAAGGCUCUACAAACGUUCUUGAUACGCAUUGCCAAGGAGCAGGCUUAUCAAAAUCCACCAAACCAUGGAGUAAAGCAUAUCGAAGAUUUCGUCAAUUUGAAGGAUUAGGAUUGGAUUCAACGUAUUCAAUUCAUUUACCAAGAUCAUUACCUCCUCGUAUAGAUCUUAAAGGUAAAAAUGUAAUCAUUUCAGGAAGCAAUUCAGGUAUUGGUUUAGAAGCUGCUUAUGUUUUCGCUUUAUGGGGUGCAAAUGUUAUCUUGGCAUGUAGACCAAAUGUGCCUGUAUAUGAAUUGAGUCCUGCAGAUGCUUGUCGGGAAAUCGUUAAUCGUGGUUCGGGAAACAUUGAUCCAAAACAGUUGGAAGUUUGGGAUUUAGACUUGUCAAGCUUCAAAAGUGCGGAAGAAUUGGGUAAAAGAUGGUUGCAAACAGGAAAACCUUUGGAUUAUUUGAUCAAUAAUGCUGGUCUAUCUUCUCCAAAAUACAUCAAGACUGAAGAUGGUUUCGAAUUAACAAGAUCUGUCAAUUAUUUGGGUCAUUGUCUUUUAUCUCUCAUCCUUCUUCCAGCAAUGAAGAAAGCACAAGCUCCUAGGAUCGUAAAUACUUGUUCAUGUUUCCAUUAUCAAGGCGAUCUUGAUUUCUCAAAUUUGGAUUAUGAAAAAUCUGAUGGACAAGUUCGUGGACCGGGAGGCGUUCAAGCAUAUUGCGAUACGAAAUUACAACAUCUCAUGUGGACUAAAGAGUUACAAGUUCGACUAUCCGAAAGUGAUGAAUAUCGACAUGUAGUCGUAAAUGGCGUUCAUCCUGGUUUUAUCGGCAGUAAUAUUUGGAAAGCACCCGGAAUAUCUGAUCUAGCAUGGCCACAACCGCAAUUGCUCAACUGGCUCGUUUCAUCCUUAAGUGUGAGCACUCAACAAGGUUCACUCUGCUUGUUGUACGGCGCUCUACAUCCUAGCUUCGGUUUGAGACCAUCUGAACUGGAAAAGUUGCCAAAGAAUGCUUCUGCAAAUACAGCUAUUGCUAAAGGUUUGACAGCUCAAGUCGGUGGCCAUUACAUCCAACGCGAUCGUGCAGAGAUUCCACGUCCCGAAUGUUCAGAUCGUUUAGCACGGUCGAGGUUAUGGCAAAGAACGUUGGAAGAUAUCAAAGCUGAACAACGCGGAUUGGCAAGUGACCUUCCAGGACAUCCUGUCGAUCUUUUCUGAAUGUACACGUUUCGAUUCUGAAAGUAGCUGGGAAUGCGAAAAUAAAAUUACAUUUUGUAGAUAUAUCAUUCACAGACUUUCUCCGCAAUUCACCCAAUUCUUAUCAAAGAAUUUAAUCUUGCGUGAAACGCUUGCCUAUCGGUAAGACCAGCUUUGCUGAUGAUUGUACUGCUGUAAAAGGCAAUAAUGUUCAUUC